AUGUCUCCUGCUUUUCUCCCUCCCGUCUACGAUCCUGAGCCGUACACCUUUACCGGCUUGCAUCUUCAAGAGCUCCCUCAUUUCUGUCAGCAUUACCUCGCCGAUGUCGCACAACUCCUACCGCCCCGCAUGUUAGCCCCUGAUGCAGUCAAGCAUGAACGUCAUCGACUAGUAUUCUCUCUCUUUCGCAGCCUGGAAGGCACCAGCAUCUCGCUCAUUGAAAAGCGAUACGAUGCCGCGCGCGAUCAAGAGCUUAACUUGCCGCCAACAGUCGCGGCAGAAAAGAAUGCAACACGUCUACAGGAAAUCGUGUGCAUCUUGUUGCCCGAGCGCCAGCGUCUUCUCGACGAGUUCUUGCUCAAGUUUGAUGCUCUUCUCUGGAUUGACGUUGAAUGUCGCAAAGAUUGCGGAGCCAAUGAUUGGAAAACGUAUCGUGACUCGCUGGUUUCACGCGUGCUCAAGAUGGUGGACGAACGGCUCAUCGAGCUCGACAUUUCGGUGGACGCUUCCAUGACGCCAGAAGCAUCAGAGGUUACCGAAAACGGGCUCCUCCGCACAAAGGUUCGCUUCGAACUACUACAACUCGAUCUCCUCAGCCACGCACCACAUCCCGUCAAUGCUGCUAGCUCGUCUGCGUUUAUCAAUCUCUGA